AGACGGCCCCGCCUUCUCAGUCCGGUGAUAUAUGUCUUGCGUGGACAAGCAGGAACUCAUCAUCUGAAGCCGGCUAAAAGCGGUUUAUUGCGAAUUUUUAUUUCAUCAAGGACUCAAACCAAUCAGCAGUGUCUUGUAUGUAGCUUUAAGCGUUGAAUUUACUUUAUUUACCCGACGUUCGUGCUUAAGAAAGAGCGAGAGCAUUUAUCGUGUCUUACCCCGCGCGCGCGGAAAGCGUCUACGGGAAGUUGACUGGGCGGGCUACUGUGUCAAAAAUAUCUAAAUCGAUAUUUAUCGACAAUUAUCUUUGAGUGGAAUGAGCUACCAUUCACCCAUCGUGUCUGUUGCACAAUGGAUGUCCGCUCUGUCUGCCUAAUUGCCCAAGCCAAAACAAACUGUAACAGAUCUAGUCUAUUCAGAGGAUAGCAAUAGGCCCUCACUCCACCCUCUCCCUUAACGUUAUACAUCAGUUUAGAGCAGAGCAGUGCAGAUUCUCUCUCUGGUGUCUGGAUUGCUUUGAUUGGCUGGUUUAGUGAAGGGCGAAGGUAGGUCUGAGGCAGAAACCGAUUUAGAAACACUAGUACCUCAAUUUUCUGGGGAUAAAAUAUCCAGUGUGCUGCUGCUAGAAUUAUUUAUACAUAUUUGGUUCUUUUCCCUGUAAGAUUGUGAAGUUAAUUUGUUUCCGUAUAACUUGAAAACCAUCUGCGCACAAUGGUAUCGACAACUCUGGCCACGAUAACGGUUUUGAGCACCCUUGCAGGGUAUGCUCAAAUCAAUACAUCAGAUUAUCUAUGGCUCCUAAUCGUAGGCUUCAUCAUAGCGUUUAUCCUGGCCUUUUCAGUGGGUGCUAAUGACGUCGCCAACUCUUUUGGUACGGCAGUGGGUUCAGGUGUAGUUACUCUUAGGCAGGCCUGUAUUCUUGCUACUAUCUUUGAGACGCUGGGCUCUGUGCUGCUUGGAGCCAAGGUCAGCGAGACCAUCCGCAAAGGCAUUAUCGACGUGAACAUGUACAAUGGCUCAGAGCAUGUGUUGAUGGCUGGUUCAGUCAGCGCUAUGUUUGGCUCUGCUGUGUGGCAGUUGGCUGCUUCUUUUCUGAAGCUUCCUAUUUCUGGGACCCAUUGCAUCGUGGGAGCUACCAUUGGCUUUUCACUGGUCGCCAAAGGUCAGCAGGGAGUCAAUUGGUGGGAGAUUCUUAGAAUUGUUGCUUCGUGGUUCCUCUCGCCUCUCCUUUCCGGGAUCAUGUCUGCCAUUCUCUUUUACUUUGUUCGGAUGUUCAUCUUGCAAAAGAAGGAUCCAGUGCCCAAUGGUCUGAGGGCCCUGCCAUUUUUCUAUGCUGUUACAAUGGGAAUCAACCUGUUCUCCAUAAUGUUUACUGGUGCACCAUUGCUGGGAUUCAAUGAGCUGCAAUGGUGGGGAGUGCUGCUCAUUUCCAUCGGCUUUGGCCUGGUCACCGGCAUCUUCGUUUGGUUUGUUGUCUGCCCUCGGCUCAAGAAGAAGAUCGAAUCUAAAGCAAAGUCUUCCAGUCCCUCUGAGAGUCCUCUGAUGGAGAAGAGGGAGCUGCAUGAAGCUCACAGUCCCAUCCUGAAACCUGUCCCUGAGGAGUCCAGUGCCCUGUCCUCUAUCACCCCCUCGGCCCCACCUCUUCCUGAGGAGCGCAGGGUCACCUUUAACAUUGGAGAUUCAGAUGACCCAGAUCAGAAGGACUGCAAAGAGUCAGAGACGGGCAAUGCAGCUCCGAAGACAGUCCAUGUUCAUUUUACCACCGGCCCCAGUCAAAUUCCUAGCAACGGUUACUCUCAGUACCACACAGUUCACAAGGACUCCGGCCUCUACAAGGACCUGCUGCACAAACUCCAUCUGGCAAAAGUGGGAGACUGCAUGGGGGAGGGUGGCGACCGGCCCAUCCGCCGUAACAACAGCUACACCUCCUACACCAUGGCCAUCAUUGGCAUGUACGGAGACAUCAAGCCCAAAGAAGCUGACUUCCGUGCUUCCGAAGAUGGAGACAAGGAAAAAGCCGGCACCCAGGAAAGGAAGCGUGUCCGCAUGGACAGCUACACAAGUUACUGUAAUGCAGUAGCAGAGAAUGGUGCACCUGAAGGCCUCGGCGAGGGUGAAGUCACUUUGGAGAUUGUUGAUGAUGAUGCUGGGAGUAGCCGUAGUUCUUUGGAGGAGGAUAGAGCUGAUGCUGACAGACCUGAGGUGUCGAUGCUCUUCCAGUUCCUGCAAAUUCUCACCGCCUGUUUUGGCUCUUUUGCUCACGGAGGAAAUGAUGUCAGUAAUGCAAUUGGUCCCCUGGUUGCUCUGUGGCUGGUCUUUGAGAGUGGGUCUGUUAUAUCAAGUGCACCAACUCCAAUCUGGUUGCUGCUGUAUGGAGGAGUGGGCAUCUGUGUCGGUCUGUGGGUCUGGGGCCGUAGAGUCAUCCAGACCAUGGGCAAGGACCUGACCCCCAUCACCCCGUCUAGCGGUUUCAGCAUUGAGCUCGCCUCAGCCGUCACUGUUGUGGUUGCUUCCAACAUCGGUCUUCCAGUUUCCACCACUCACUGCAAGGUCGGGUCAGUGGUGUCUGUCGGCUGGCUGCGCUCCAAGAAGGCAGUGGACUGGCGGCUGUUUAGAAACAUCUUCAUGGCUUGGUUUGUCACUGUGCCCAUCUCUGGCCUUAUCAGCGCGGCCAUCAUGGCCCUGUUCACCUAUGUCAUUCUGUGAGGCCUUGAAAGUCCUCUCUGCCUCCCUCUCUGCUCUUAAGGAGGAACCAGGAUCCCCAGAGAGAGGUGGAGGGCAUGUCUCAACCUUCCCUUCUCAACCAUCUCUCUCUAAUUUCCUCCCUCCUGUCAUCCUCGUGAUGAGUGGGGGAUGAAAAAGGCCCCUUUCGAUAGAGCCUGUGAUUUUUGGCUGCAUCAUUUUUAGCCUGUAUUGAUGAUUUGUGUGCAUUGCAGUGCACCAGGUCACAUGCCAUAGGCCAGGGAAAAAAUGUCUUCAUAACUAGAAUGGUUGCCAUUUAAAUUCACUCUUGUACAUAUGUCAAAUCACCAUGUUUUUGUUUUAUGUAAUUAUGUACAGAACUAAAGGGUUUUUUUUAAGGUUAAAAAAACAACAAUUACAAUGCAGUAUUAGCCUUCAUUUGACAUGCUUUUUUUUUUUAUUAUUACUUUCAUCAUUUGAGUUCCUUAGAGAAGCAUUUUUUGGUGUGAAGUAUUUGGGGAAGAGCAAUUGAGUUCUGUUUUACUUCUAUACAUUUGGUAAGCACGAGUUCUCCAGUUUUUCUUAAGCAGGCCUGACUUAACUCACAAAUAGAGCCUUAUGACACUCAUAUUUUUAGGAGAGUCUUGUGAGGGUUGAUUUGCAAAGGAAAUUGGUUGCUCACAUCAUGUUCCUUAAUACAAUUUCAGUGUCCUUUUCCAGAUGUCUCGUUUUAUUUUUAGUUCUUUUGUAGGUUACACUACAAAACAGGCCUCUUGGUAAACUACGCAGUCUCCAGAAACAUUUAUAGUCCAGCCGAUCUGUUGUUGUUCUUUUAGUCCUCUUUUCAUUAAUAGGUUACAGAACAUCAAACUCUUCUUGGUGUUUUGCACCACUGUAAUUGAGCUGUUAAUAUUUGCUCUGCUUUGCCCAGCGUCAAAUAACUAUAACGGACCAACCUGUGUUUGGAUAUACAGUUAAAAAUCUCAGCAGCUACUGCAAAGAUUCAGCUUUUCCUUAAAGCAUUGCUAUAGUUAGUAUGCUACUGGCGACUCUCUUAAAUGCAGCGCAUCUUCAAAUGUUUGCUGUAGACAAUUGAACUCCAUACGGUGGAUUAUGGCCCUUUGUGUUCAGUAACCAUGGGUUGCUGUUGGAAGAAGUGUUAAGAUGCCCAAACUCGUUUUACCAGUAUAAUGCUGCCCAGGGUCGGCCGAAAAAUUCUUCUUUGGAAAAUAAAGUUAAUUAUAUUUAAAACAAACAAAAAAAGUCCCCUGCUAAAAUGAACCCCUUUGUUUAAAAACAACCAAUGAGCCUCUUUCCCAUGAAUGUAUUACAGUAAUGCUUUGCUGUGGUGCUUAACAUCAGACACAGUGAACUGAACAUUGAUGAAGUUUACAUUCACUGGAUUGGAGACCAUUCUGUAAAACUUGAUGGAAUCGAGUUGGAUAGUGUAGCUCAUCUGCUCCAGCCUUCUCAUAGACCUACUUCUGUAGUAUUUCUGAGGAAUGUAUACCAAUACAAACGUAUGUAUAUAUUUUAAACUGGGUUGCUAUGGUAACCCCUACAGCAGCACUUGCCCUAUUUAUUAGAAGGGUGUGGGACAGUGGUGUUAAAUGAUGGUUUGGUCUGACGGUAGCAGUGGUGUACAAAGAUCCCAGCGUUCCUUUACUGGAGGCGAGGAUCUGCAUUGCUGUGAAGCCAGCAUUUGCGAGUGGUUAUUUGGUUUAAACUUAACACAUUUAGACCUUACAUAGUUGCUGUAGUUGCCUUAAGGAUGUUUUUCUUUUUUCUUUUUUUGUUACCAAAGAGGGGAAAGAACUUGUUUUAUUUUGUCCAUUGUGCUUUGGGGAUGAAAGAAUAAAAUGAAUUUUUGAUUA